AUGGCGGCUCCCACGGGGAGCGCACGCGGCGGGUGGCGGCGUUAACGGCAGCCGAGGCCGAGCCUUGGUCACGCCCUGACCCCGUGAUCGUGUGUCUUUUUAGGUAAAAAUGAAGUUCAGAAGAGGAGGGAGAUUUACGCCUUCUGCUAAACUGAGGCGAAAGGGUAUUGAAGUAUUGGGAAAAUGGAAAACUGUGGAAAUUGACCCCAAUCUAUUUGUUGAUGAGCAGUUUAAAGAUGUAGUGUGCUUGGAGGAGCUUACAGAGUACAAGCUAGUAAGUUCUGACAAAGUGGGGAAAGGAAACAAGCAGAAGAGAAAGUCUGAGGAUCUUUCAGAAGAUGGGAGUGAGGAGGAGGAAGAAGCUGUCAUCCCUCCCAAAAAGAAAAAGAAGUGCAAAGAUUUGAGAACCAGAGCAGAUAAAAGCAAUGAUACUGGUGCAACAGAAGUUGACAUGCCAGUUGAUGAGGAGAAAAGAUGUGAAGAAAUAGUCAAAGAGGCAAAUCAUAGGGACUGUGGGCAUAUAGCUGAGAGCACUUCAAGCACAAAAAAUGCUGCAAAGAAAAAGAAAAAGAAAGAGAAGGUAGUUAAAAAUAAGACUUCUCAAGCUCAGGAUGCUUUUCCGCCAGUAACUACAUCUAAGAAAGUAAAAAAUUGGACAACAGAAGUUUUGUCUACCUCAACUGAUCACAAAGCUGAUGUGUCUGCAUGGAAAGACCUGUUUGUGCCUCAGCCAGUGUUGAAGGCCUUGAGUUCCCUGGGGUUCAGUGCUCCAACUCCUAUUCAGGCGUUAACUUUGCCUUCUGCCAUCAGGGAUAGCAUGGAUGUUCUUGGUGCUGCAGAAACAGGAAGUGGCAAAACGCUUGCAUUUGCAAUUCCUAUGAUUCACUCUGUGCUGGAAUGGCAAAAAUCAAAUAGCUCAGUGAGCAUAAAUUACAGUGUUUCUAAAAAGCCCUCUCAGCAUCAUGAUGAAAUGAGAUGGGAAAAUGAUGGCGAAGCAGAAGAACCAAACCAUCAGGAGGUUGAAGACAGUGGAGAUGAAGAUGUUGCAUCUUUUGCAACAGGCUGUAUGAAGGUGCAGGAAAACACUGAAUUUGAUUCCAGUGACAAAGAACAUACCGUUGGCCUCCAUAAAAAGAGACCUCUUUUAGGACUGGUCCUUACUCCUACAAGAGAAUUAGCUGUGCAAGUGAAGCACCACAUCGAUGCAAUUGCAAAGUUUACAGGCAUUAAGACUGCUAUUCUAGUUGGAGGCAUGGCAGCGCAGAAGCAAGAACGUGUACUGAAUCGCAAGCCAGAAAUUGUAAUAGCAACCCCAGGCCGUCUGUGGGAGCUAAUUAAAGAAAGACACCCACAUCUCUCAAAUCUUCGUCAGCUCAGGUGCCUUGUGAUUGAUGAGGCAGACCGAAUGGUUGAAAGAGGUCAUUUCUUGGAGCUGUCUCAGUUGCUGGAAGUCUUAAAUGAUUCACAAUACAAUCCUAAACGACAGACUUUUGUUUUUUCUGCCACUCUGACAUUAGUCCAUCAGACUCCCACAAGAAUUUUACAGAAAAAGAAUGCUAAAAAGAUAGACAAGAAGACCAAACUUGAAAUGUUAAUGGAAAAAGUAGGAAUAAAGGGCAAACCCAAAGUGAUAGACUUAACAAGGAAAGAGGCUACUGUUGAGACUCUGAUGGAGACCAGAAUCCAUUGUGAUACAAAUGAGAAAGACUAUUACCUUUAUUACUUUCUUCUCCAGUAUCCAGGAAGAACUAUGGUCUUUGCAAACAGCAUAGACUGUAUAAAACGCCUCAGUUCUCUCCUCACAAUCUUAAAUUGUGAUCCUCUUCCUUUGCAUGCCAACAUGCACCAGAAGCAAAGGUUAAAAAACUUAGAACGGUUUGCUGAGCGUGAGAGCUGUGUCCUCCUGACAACAGAUGUUGCGGCUCGUGGUCUUGAUAUUCCCAAUGUGCAGCAUGUCAUCCACUACCAGGUCCCUCGUACUUCUGAGUUGUACGUACACAGAAGUGGUAGAACAGCACGAGCUGCCAAUGAAGGCCUUAGCCUGUUGUUGAUUGGGCCUGAUGACUUGAUCAAUUUUAAGAAAAUUUAUAAAACCUUGGAGAAGAGUGAAGAGCUGCCACUUUUCCCAGUUGAAACAAAGUAUAUGACUGCUAUUAAGGAGCGGGUGAAUUUGGCACGGCAGAUUGAGAAGGCAGAAUUUUUCAAUGGUCGAGCAAAGCAACAUGACUCUUGGCUCCAGCAGGCUGCAGAGGCUCUUGAAGUUGAUCUCGAUGAUGACCUUUUUAUGGGAAAAAAAAUUAGUGAGCAAGAAGAAAGCCAGAAGCAAAAGAUGCUGAAAGGAAUGAAAAAACAACUGAAACACAUGCUGUCUCAACCACUGUUUAAAGUCUUUAUGAAAACAAAGUACCCAACACAGUCGGGGAAACUACUCCUGCCUCAGACUUCAGCUGGCAAUUCAGAAACUGCUCUGAGUAUUAUUUCAAAAAAACAAGCCAAGAAAAAGAAAUCAGUAUAAUUGAAUUAGACUGAGCAAGUUCACUGGUUGCAAUGGAAUCAAGAACUAUCCUUAUCAAGGCUGACAGGAUAUUCUGCCAGAAAACACACAGUAUCAGGAUCGUGCUUUUGUCUUAGGAGAACAGGCACACAGCAAAAUGUUUAUCUAAAAGGCAUUGUUAGCAUGGAGUUGGUUACUCUUGAAUCUUGUCUUUGACUUUAUUUUCUUACAUUCUUUUUCUUACUCUAUAUUAGAACUUAAUUAGUUUUGGAAUAGUUCUGUUCACUGCUUCUCUUUAUAAGACACGUAAAAGUUACUGUGAACAGACUUAAUUUUGAUUUUAUUUUAAAGGAAAGGCACACAUAGGCUCUGUACAGGUAACAGGACAGUCUGAGCUGCUGACAGUGCAGAUCUGGCUUGUACUGCAGUUAAGUAAGAAAGGCAGCAGAUACAGGUAGUGUUACCAACAAGCCUGUAGUUCCAGUAAUGGGAGCAUUUCCCAGUUUUCUUCCUCUGCUGACCUGAUUUCUCAAUUCUGUUACACACUGUCUAAUUACUUUAGUCCUUUGUUAAUAUGUUUCAGAAUGCGGUCCAGGCAGUGGUCCAGGACUAAUCUUGGGAGAUUUGCAAUCAGCCAGAUUUCUCAGGAAUGAUUAUUCCUAUAAACAUUUUAGGGUAUCUAGGGUUGUCUGUGUUUGAAAGCAUAUUUGAAUCAUAACCUUUCUUUUAAUGGAAAUGAUGCAAAAUGUCACUUUUGAAGAGUGUAUCUUCAUAAUUGUACUUUUAAAUCACUUUAUCUUUUCAGGGCAAAUAAUUUCUAAGAGUAUUUUUUAAGCUAUGUAAAAAAAAAAAUGUAUUUUGAAUUUUUUGUUAAAUUGCACCUACUAUAAAACCCAAAGCCUGUAUCUUCUUUCAAUUACUUGAGAUUUCUAAGUUUUUCUUAGCUCAUGCUCUUCACACUUAGCAGACAAGAUGAGAAUUCAGGAGAGAACCACCCAAAAGGUAAGAUACAGCAGAGACAUCUGUACUGGUGGGAGCACAGAGAAUCUCCACUUGCUAGCACUAGAUUGAGCAAAGCAUUUGUGUCUCAGAUAUGGAACCAAUGUCACUACCCCGCUAGGAAGCACACCACUUGACUCAACUAAUCCAAGAGUAAUUUGUGUGUGGAAUUGUGUCCCCUCCUAUCACUUGCUGAUUCUGGAAAAACAAGGGUUUUGCUCCUUUGUAAAUAAUUGAAUGCUCCCUUGUUCCUCUAUCUCUGGGAGGACUUCUCUCUCACUUGGCUCCUUGCAUUAUGGAAGAAGAUCAGUGACAAUAUUUAAGAUAAGCAUACAGAGCUUAUCAAUUCUAUAUGAAGCUUUUCUUGCAACACACUGUUCAUCUGAUGUCCUUCAGAGCAGAAGGGGGAUUUUUUGGGGGGAGAGAGAGAAAGGAAGAAAUUGUAAGGUUCUGUAUUCUCACCUACAUGAAAAGAUGAAACAGCUUUGGAGUCACUUUGACAUCUGAAAAACUACACAGUUAAAAGAAUAUUCCUUGCAUGGAAAGCUGGGAAAAGGAACUGAGCAAAGCCAUGCACGCCUUGUCUCUCCACUGUCCCACCUUCAUAACAUUAAAAUCACAUUCUCAUGCUAUGAAAAGAAAACUUGGUUGGCUUUUGCAUCCGAAGGUGGGCCUUCCCUGUACCUUGUGAUAUAUUUUUACUUGUGAUUCAUUGGACAAAAUUAAGUCAAGAUCCUGACACCAGAGCUUCCUUGUCUGAAAAUCUGCAUGAGGUAGGACAGUUUUGGCAAUUUAUAAUUCCACAUGAUAGCAACAUGAACUGACCUGGAAGAUAGGGAGAGUAUUAUUUCUUCUCAGAGAUCAUUGCUGGGAAGUUUUUCCAGCUCUUCUGUUUCCUUGUGCUUAACAGCCUAGUUAUCACACUCCCACCUCUCCGUCUGGCCCUCAACCCACUGUCUUGCUGAGUCUUCCUAAGAUGGAGCAUGACACUUCUGCACUCCUCCUCACCUUCUUCAUGUUUGCCUAUGCCACGCUCUGCUGUUGGUUCUCUCCCACACUCUACUGAAGCAUUCAACAUGAGUUUUGUUCUUAAUCUACUGAUGCUGCUCCCCUACAGGAGCCCAAGCCAUACUUGGACCCUAAAAUAUCUGUCAUAAAAAGAAUAUUUGUCUAGCACCAGCAAGCUCUCUUUUGAUUGCCUGCUUUCCCUUGUCAGCCUCUUACCGGGAUACCCUGAAACUUCUACCUAUAGGAAGAACCCUUUUCAUGCCUUAACAAAUUUAAACACGCUGUUAAACUGGAAGAUAGUAUUGCUUAACUGCUCUCCUCCAGUGUGGCGUAGAUUGCUACAGGAGGAGAGGAGGGCAGAGAAAUUGUUUCCUCCAGCUCUGAUCAUUUGCUGAUGUUUUACUGGUGCAAAUUAGACUUGAAUAAUUUUAUAUCAAAUGCCUAUGAGGAAUUUAUUUCAGUACUUAAUAAAAUCUGUAGUAAUGA